CGCUGCUGGUGUCAGUCGCCCUGGAUAUGCGCAGGGACGCGGUCGUGCAGGGCCUGGCCACCAUGCUCCUGCUCUCCGGCAUGCUCUCGCUCGUGCUCUGCUCGGCGCUGGCCGGCCUACAGCAUCGGCAAGCGGUGCAGCGUGAACGCCGGCACGACACCGCCUGCAUCUACAAGGCCUGCCACGAGACCAAGCCGGGCUUCCUGAACGUGCACAUUGUAAGCCACACCCACAACGACGUUGGAUGGGUCCACACUGUGAACUUUUACUACAGGAACUGUGAUAGCCGGAUUGAAAUCGUGUUCCUGGGCUGGCUACGGAUGAGGCGACGCCCGGCAUACAACGGACAAAGGAGGGCGAGAGAGUUUCUUCAGAUCAUCGGGAAACAGAUCAAGCAUUACUCUACAAACCACACCGUAGUGACUAUGGGCAUGGACUUCCACUACAGGGACGCUUCCAAGUGGUUUCGCAACCUCGACAUGCUCAUCCAUUACAUCAAUGCCGAGCAAGCCAACGGCAGCCGCGUGCACGCCUUCUACUCGACUCCCGCCUGCUACCUGAAGGCUCUGCACGACAGUGGCGUGCGGUGGCCCGAUUUCUCGGAUGAUUUCUUCCCGUACGCCGAUCAGGAUCACGCUUACUGGACCGGCUACUACACCAGCAGGCCUAAUUUCAAGUACUACGCGCGCCACGCCAAUGGUGUUCUCCAGGCAUGCAAGCAACUCAAGGUCAUCGGCCAGUUGGAUGACAGCGCAGACGUCGACACUCUUGCAAAAGCCGUGGCGGUGUUGCAGCACCACGACGCAAUAUCGGGCACUCAGAAGCAGCAUGUAGCUGAGGACUACGUGUACAUGACUGAGAUAGGGAUCAAGCAAUGUGAGGACGUAUUCAACAAGGCGUACCAACGAAUGCUGCUAACGGACGCGGCCGGUAAUGCCUUCCAGCCGGACAUCUGCUUGACUUUCUGCCCGCUUCUCAACAUCAGCAGUUGUGAAAUCACCGAAACAGCUGACGAGUUCUUUGUUUUUGUCUACAACCCGCUGUCUACAUCUGUACGAACAUACGCGAGGCUGCCCAUUACGGGUGGUGGCUACGAAGUGAAAGAGCUGCCCGGACAAGUCAUCGAAGCGCAGCUCGUGCCGGUGCAACGCAAGGUCCUCCGCAUCCCCGAGCGGAGGGCAUCCAGGGCGACAUCGGAGAUUGUCUUUCCGAUGCAGCUGCCGCCCAUGGGCGUCACCACCUACCAGCUGCGGAAAUACGAAGGUUUUACACUCCGAGACAGCGAAAGCAGCGCUGUUUUCGAUGGUGGCAGCGAAGCCCCUGCCAUAGACAAUGGCAAGUACCGGCUGUUCUUGGACCCCGUGACGGGCCUCUUGAAUCGCGUGAUGCUGCUUAACACAGGACUGGAGGUUCCCUUCCGUCAAUCGCUGUUCGCCUAUCUGGCCUACGAAGGCGUCGUCGAGAAGCCCUCAGGCGCCUACUCCUUCAAUCCAGCUGACGAUCAGCCCAUCGAUCUAGGUCGCCGAGUCAACUACAGCCUCGUCAAGGGCCCCUUGGUGCAAGAGAUCCACCAGACUUUCAGUGACUGGGUCUCCCAAGUGAUUCGGCUGUACAAGGACGAAGACAUAAUCGAAUUUGACUGGGUCGUUGGGCCUAUCCCGUUCAGCGAAGGACAUGAGCCCAGCCGCGGCAAGGAGAUCAUCUCGCGAUUCCAAACCUCCAUUUGGAACCAUGGCACAUUUUACACCGAUUCCAAUGGCCGCCAAACAAUAAAGAGAAUGAGGAACGCUCAUCGACCGUGGACCAAAACCAUCGUAGAGCCCACUACGUACAACUACUACCCGGUGGUGUCAUGGAUCUACCUGAAGAAUGAAACUCACGACCUCCAGUUGACAGUGUUUCCAGAUAGACCACAAGGUGGAAGCAGCUUGCAUGAAGGCGAACUAGAAUUGAUGCUUCACCGGCGGCUGCAGUAUGACGAUUCUUUCGGCGUCGAAGAGCCCUUGAACGAGAUUGGCGUGGACAAGCGGGGCCUGGUAGCCCGUGGCACGCAUCGCGUUUUCUUGGGCUCCAUUGAGGACUCCGAACGAAUGCUGCGCUCCAUGGCCAACCGACUCGUGUUCUCGCCACAGUUCGCCUUCCACAAGCGUGACCGGGCACUGCUCGACAUCCCAGUGCCAAGGGCUAGUGGGCUGCAGUACCCGUUACCACCGAAUCUUCACCUGCUGACAUUAGAACCUGUCGGAGGGAACCGUGCAAUCAUCCGCCUAGAACACCUCUACCCCGGAGUCAAAGACAACCAGCUCAACAAACCUGCUUCAGUGUCCCUUAGGAACAUGUUGGUCCCAUACACCGUGACGGCCGCUGAGGAAACCGUGCUGUCAGCGCACGAGUACUUGCGCAACACGACCAGGUUCCACUUCGAGACGAGAGACUCUGUCACGGCGUCGUCUAGCUCAACCCUGCUGCUCCGUCUGGCGGCGCAUCAGAACGCAGUUGUUGACACCGGCGCCUCCGCAAUGACGUCGUCGCCCAUCGACGACCGGCUCUUCACAGUGACGGUGAAUCCGGGGGAAAUCAGGACGUUCCUGGUGACACUAGAACCCAAAGCUUUGGGCUAACUGACUGGCUACUCUCCAUCUAUACUCUGAGAAAAUUGGACACGACGCGAUUUUUUAUUCUUUCGGAAUGAUAUAGACGCUGCUGGUAUCAGCUUCACAUCUAUAAUGUAGUGCAUCGUCGAAUCGCCCGCCCAGGCAGUCAUGUCGGCAGGAUAGAUUUACACAGCGGCAACGUAUGCGGUCCAGCUCGUGGGCUGACGUUCUCCUUACUGAAACUCGGUUCUUUUGGAUAGGUACCGAUGCACCAGGCACUGGUAUGUUUCAGCUCAGUAGAACAGCAUAGUUUUUUUUGUUUAUUUCACUUUGGGGUAAAUAUUUCAUGGCACACAUUGGAAAAAAAAAAACAUGCUGGCAUUUACAGACCUGGCAUAGUUCUUUACAUGCUCAACUUUUGUGUUGUUCGGACGAGCUGACCACUGAACAACAUCAGGAAUGCAUGAAAUGUCUGUCCUUUUCAAUAUUCCGCUUACUAGUUGCGCAUAGUCAAGUGAGAAAUGAUAGGAAUCAGUGUAAAAUACCUACACAGCAUCACAUGCUUAUGAAAUUAGCUUGCUGUCUUAUUCGGCAAAAUCAUGUUUCGUGCUAGUUUUGUCUUAUCGGAAAUUCCUUUGUGACAUACCAGCUUGCUCUGUGAGCUUGUUAAACUGUAUUGUUGAAAUCGCCGUGGUUCUUCCACAACGAUCAUGGAUGAACACACCUCUGACCAGGCAGACUAAUCAAAGCAAGUGAAUGUCUCAUUCUGACAACUCCUAACAUUGCUGUCAUUAAGGGCUAAUUAUUUAAAUUAUUGUUACUUGCACGUAAUACUCCCGCGUGGCGAUGUUGUAGUGAAAAUGACAUAUUUGCAUUUAUAGACUUGAUUUCAAUGAUUCGCACUUAUAUUAUACCUGACAGCGCACACAAUAUUACGCGUGUCCUAGAGGUUCCUUACUCAAUUCUGCUUUCAUUAUUUCCUUGAAUGAAUUGAGCAUGUGUAACAGCGUUAGCCGUCAGCAUGUCUGGUAGCUGUUGCCACUGGAGGGAGCGCUGGUUGUUCCAAGCAUUAACGUAUUGUGGCUAAGACUGCCCCAAAGUUGAGAGGCGCUUAGUUUAGUGCCUGAGGUUGCAAAACAUCGCCUCACACAUCUAGUCUACUGUGAUAAGCGGGACUUUUCUUAUAACUUUUAUCUAAGGCCCAUGAGCUGAGGCAUGACGUCUGCAAGCCACUACAGUUCGCUCUCACCUUUUUUGGGACAUCGUCGUAACCUCACAAAAGGCGAUCGCUAUCUGAAAAUUGACUGUGACGUUUAAUGAAAAAGCAAGAGACAUCACAGGCUUUCUCAGCGCUUGCAAUUCAGCCGCAUGUUCAGUAAGAACUGAAAUCUGGUGUAACCUUCCGCAUCUUGAACAAAGCAAUGCUGCUGUGAACUUGAGAGAGGGCAGCCUUUUUUUAUAUCUUACUAGAAGAAAGACAUUUUAACAGCAAGGUAAAACUGUCGAGGAAAACGUAAAAAAGGUUGAAUCGCUAGGCUCUACAACACAGGGCUCAAAGUUUAAGAGUGGGUGCAUCUGGAACCUACGCAAAUAUUUCGCUCCUCAUCGACCACUGCUUGCCAAAGAGAGGACUUCGGGCACAGGGAAUGGAGAAUACUCAUUCUUAACAUGGGCAGACAGCCUUUCUUGCGUCUUUCUAGCGCACAUGCAGCUGCUGUCUGCAGGUAUCGGUGAUGCUCAGCGUGCAAGAGGGGAUGACGUAUCAUUCGUAUCAAGCCUUGCAUUGAUCGGCUGAGUAAUUUCCGUAUGGCACACUUAGGCCUCCACAUUUUGAUAAGGUCCAAGUUUUACGUCCCUGUCCUUGCAACAAUAAAUAGCUUCUUCAGCCUGGCCCAAAGGUC